CUGGGGCAUUUCUCAGUUUUCCCACCAGUGGGCAGUAUUACCCCUUGAGUUUUGUAGCUUCUUCUUUGGUUGUUUGGUGUGCGCUACACUGCCCCCUUUGGUGAUGUGUUGUAAGCAGCAGAAAAAGUUCGCACAGGCAGUGGGAGAAAACGCAUGGAGCAGAAAACAAGCGGCACAACUUUAAGCCCAGUUUACAUCGUUGGGGAGCUUGUUGAACCAUAAUCUUCUUACAAAUUAAAAGAGGAAAAAACGGUCUUCAGUUAAAGACAAAAGACAAAGCGAUGUGUCCUGUCGUUCCUGGAACCAUCUCCUCUUAUGUUAAGCUCGCUGCAUAGGGUGAAUAGCCAUACAUUCACCUGAGGGCAGCAGAGUAAGAAGAUUAUCUACCUAUCAAGCACCCAAGAUGUCUCAGCCUGAAGCUUCACCGCCUCUCUCCCAGAUGGUGGUCCGGUCAGAGUGCCACUCACGCUCCUCACGUUCUUCACGUCGUUCAUCCACCAGUCAAGCUGCAGCCCGAGCCAGAGCAGAAGCAGAAGCCGCCCGCACCAGAGCACAGUACGCCAAACGCCAGAUCAACAUGGAGGUUGAGAAGGCACGCAUCGAGGCAACACUAAACGCUCUGAAGAAGGAGGGUGAGGCUGAAGCAGCGCUCGCCGCAGCUCAUGUCCUGGAAGCGGCAGCCGAUGAGGAGCAUGAUGCCGUUGACCUCACAGAACAAGGAGUCUCCUCUAAGACACCUCCUUCCAUCAGACGCGCUCAAGAUUAUGUGAACGCUCACUUCGCUAACUGCAGCUUGGUAGUUAAUGAAGACGGAAAGCCUGAUACAGGACAACCGGUCGGUAAUAACGACGCUCAGCAUCUACGACAGAGUCAACCACCAGUUGCCUCCUCUCCAGGUGGACAUCUCACUGAUUUUGUAGAUCAGGAGCAACCUCCUAUACACAGACAAACUGACAUUUCAACCCUGCCUCAACCUUCAUUGCCUCCAAAGACUGAACUCUCAGAUUUCACAGCCUAUCUAGCACGCCGUGAUCUGCUGACAGCAGGAUUCAAGGUUUUCGACAACCGUCCUGAGUCCUACUUGUCCUGGAAGUCCAUCUUCCACAACGCCAUAGAGGGCCUCAACCUCAAGUCCAGCGAAGAGCUUGACCUCCUCACCAAGUGGCUCAGCGGGGAGUCACUACAACAUGCUCUGAGGAUCAGGGCGGUCCAUGUGAACAACCCACACGCAGGUCUUCAACGUUUGUGGCAACGUCUAGACAAAAGUUUUGGUUCUCCAGAGGUAGUCGAAGCGUCACUUUUCCAACGCUUACACUCUUUUCCAAAAAUAUCUAAUAAGGACACUCACUUAUUGCAGGAGCUUGCAGAUCUCCUGUUGGAAUUAGAGUAUGCACAAAGUGAAAAUUAUCUACCCGGCCUUAGCUUUCUGGACACCCCAAGGGGGAUAAACCCGAUAGUGGAAAAGCUCCCCUACGGACUCCAGGAGUCCUGGGUGAAACAGGGGACAAAAUACAAAAAGGACAAUGGUGCAGUUUACCCACCUUUCUCAUAUUUUGUUCAGUUCAUAAAUGACUAUGCAGAAAUGAAAACAGAUCCUAGCUUUAUGUUACAAAGUUCAAACAUAGUGGCUCCAAAACCUGAUAAGCCAUUGUUGAAACCAACUAAAUACAGAGGUCCAGUUGCAGUGAACAGAACAGAUAUUAGUCAAACAAAUGUCACGGCUCAAACAUCAGUUCUCAACCCAGACAGACAAUGUCCUAUUCACCACAAGCCCCAUUCACUUGCCAAAUGCAGGGGUUUUAGGUCAAAAACACUAGAUGAAAGGAAAAUCAUCCUCAAAGAACAUGCUAUUUGUUAUAAGUGUUGUUCUUCCACAGGUCACCGAGCUAAGGAUUGCAAAGCCAUUAUCCAGUGCUUGGAAUGUAAUAGCGAUGCUCACGUGUCUGCCAUGCAUGCUGGUCCACCUCCGUGGGCAACCAAGGACUCUAACCUCCUGCCUCAAAGCCACGGCGGGGAGUCUGAUCCUUCAAGCCCUGUAACCACAACUGCUUGCACAGAGGUGUGUGGCCCAGGUCUAAAUGGCAAAUCCUGCUCUAAGAUUUGUUUAGUCGACGUGUAUCCCCGCACAAACCCUGAAGAGAAAAGGAGGAUGUACGCCAUGUUGGAUGAUCAAAGCAACUCAUCCUUAGCCAGGUCUGCUUUCUUCGACAUGUUUAAUGUGAAAGGCACUAUGCUCCCAUACACCAUGAAAACAUGUGCAGGUUUGUCAGAGGCUGGAGGACGCAGAGCAACUAAUUUCGUUAUUCAGGAUGUAAAUGGAGAAGUGUCCAUGUUGCUGCCCACACUGACAGAAUGUGAUCACAUUCCAGACAAUAGAGAUGAGAUACCCACCAAGGAGGCUGUGUCGGCUCACCCUCAUCUACACGCACUCGCUUCACAGAUCCCUCCUCUGGACCCAGCCGCGGACAUUCUCCUCCUCUUGGGCCGGGACAUCAUCCAAGCUCACAAGGUUCGCAGUCAGGUAAAUGGUCCAAACAGUGCACCUUAUGCCCAACGCCUUGAUCUGGGAUGGGUGGUUGUAGGUGAUGUCUGCCUCUCGGGGGCCCACAAGCCCACAGUAAACUCUUUUAAGACAGACAUUCUGAAUAACGGGCGUCCCUACCUUCUUUAG